AUGCAUCAACCACUGAUCGACAAAUCUGAUUUAAUGAUCUAUGGAAUUGAGUCUGAUGAAUACUUGGAUAUUAGCAGUAUUGAACCGCCAGUGUCUGCAUAUGCUCUCUUCUUUCACGACCAUCAAGGGUUAAUUAAAAACGAAAAUCCGAAGGCAACUUUUGGAGAAAUUUCAAAAAGCAUUGCUUCAUUGUGGGAUAAUCUUGACAAUUUAACAAAAAAAAAAUAUAAAGAACGAACUGAACAAGCUAAACGUGAUUACUUAAAAAGAAUAGCAGUUUGUCGAGCAAAUCAAGUAUCUCAGGAUGGUUCAAUUGUUUCCGAAAAAGAAGCGCAAUAA